UCCCUGUGGAAAGUUUUUUUUUUUUCUUUUUUUUUUUUUCUUGUUGUCGAUUUAUUUGCAAAUAACCGGAGAAUCUUGUUCACUUUUUCCUGGGGUGGGCUUUUGUCAGACCACAAUUAUGAGACCGGAUUUCGACAGCUCUCGCGAUUCCCCAGGUGGAAUUUUUUUCCGAUUUCGAUUUCAGCAAAAAUUGACGAAGUUAUCGCCGAAAAACUGGAUUAGAGAGACCAUUUUGUUCACUUUUUCCCUCCGACAUUCAACCAUAGAGCUUCAAAAAGACCACGGCAAUCGAUUCCUCUCGGAAUUCCCCAGAUGGAAUAUUUUUCCGAUUUUCCGAAAAAAAACUGGUUCGCGAGAUAUUCGGCAUUUUGUUUUGCCGAUGGGCGACGAUUUGUUCCUGCCACUCACGCACACACGCACGCACACAUAGCGCUUGUGCGAGGGUGUGCCCUCGCCCAUACGCCCUACUGCGGCACUCAGCACCCGCAGCAGUCAUGGACACGAAGAAGAAAUGUGGCAGACCACCAAAGCGAGGCAGGUUCAAAGGCAAAUUUCAGAGCCAUGAACCAGCUGUCGCUAAUCCCGAGCCAUUGGACGACAGCACAUCUUCUCCGAUGGAAGUCGUUGACGAACCACACGACGACCACGACGAAGCCUGGUGCGACGAAGACGCCGGUGCCGCCUCGGGUGGAAGUCAGGCCACACUGUCUUUCGGGUCCGCUGCUGCUCUCGGUGAGUCUCCAGCAGCUUGCGCCGCACUGUCUUGGGUUCGCGAGGUUGCGCCGCCUCGGCGUGCGGAGGGACCUUGUCGGCAGACUCUCAGCCGUCGCAGACAGGUUGCGCUAGGGGCUGCGAAACGUCAGAUGGCGAGCUAUAUGGCCGGCUGGCUGACGCGUGGAGCGGAGCAGCAGUCACAGCAGUCAUUACCUCAAAGUUCGGAGACGCAACGUGCGGCGGAACCACUGCUUGAAGAGGACGACAGCAGUGCGGUGCCUGCUGCUGCGUGCACCGCUGAGCCAGGCAGCGACGGCGGCCGCGAUAGCAACAGCGAUAGCUGCAGCGAAACCGACAUGCUUGUUGAAGAUGGUGUGGAUCUACCAUUGCAGGAGUGGGUCGGUGAGGGCGAGCAAGCAGAAGCGCAAGGAGCUGUGGAGGAACACUGCGACGAUGGGUACUUUUUGUGCGGAGGGUUUCUCGACGGACACGACUCCCCGUCUGACCGGAGCGAUGGUUCGCUCGACAGCGACCGAGACAGCGACCAAGACAGCGACGCCGGGCGCGACGGCGACGUUGAGCCCCGGGGUAGCAGUGCAGCAGCAGCGAUGGGGAACAGGCGGGAACAGGGCGAUUGCGGGUUCGGUGGCGAUGUUGAACUUGGAGGAGCAAGCGGAGCACCAGCUAUCGGCGGCUGCAGUGCAGCCGCCAAAACCGCCCGACAACCGGCCACCGCUGUUCGACGGAGCUCGAGGGAAACGUCCAGGAAGGAGUAUUUUCCCCCAAGACGCGCCAGCGCUGACCGCGUCGGGGGAAGUGGGUCCGGGCGGGGAGUGCGCAAGCUGCUGCGGGAUGAGGUCCAGAACCCGCUGUUGAGGUUGAAACGCGAGACUGCCAAAGCUAAGCGUGUACACCGAAAGGCGAGAGUCCGGCUAGUAGGACAGUUGUGGACGAAGCAGCAGCUUGCACGCCAAGCGAGGAGGACACGCAAGCAUUGCUCGGAGCGCAAGGAGGAGCUUGUCAGGAUAUUCCGCCAGGCGCUGGACAAAAUAGACCAGGCCGGCAACGACUACACGAGCCUGGUGGAGAAACCGGACACGAUGCUGGCGCGAGUUCGUGCUGUUCGUGUCUGUCGGGUGAUCGGGGCCGUCCGGACGUACCUUACCAUGGAGAUAAACGAGGGGGUGAAGAAGCUAGCGCAUAGCCGCGCCGUCGGGGAGGCCGUGGGUGUCCACGCCCGAACCGUCCGGAAGUGGGUGACGGAUUUCUGCAAGGACGGCAAGUUCGUUGUUCCCCAUCGAGAGUACGUGAAGCGGCAGCCCUUCUGCUAUAUCGACGACGAGGAUAUCAGAGAACAGUGCCGGGAAUACGUCGACGAGCGGAUUUACCGUCGGAAGAAGGGGCAACCUCGCUUUCGGGUCGCCGACUUUCAAAGGUGGGUAAACACCGUGUGCCUUAAGGAGGAGUUCGCCGGCGGUGGGGGCAUUUGCCGCAGCACAGCGCACGUCUGGAUCGCCCAGCUCGGAUUCAGGUGGCGGCGACACGGCAAGUGGGUGAACACCGUGUGCCUUAAGGAGGAGUUCGCCGGCGGUGGGGGCAUUUGCCGCAGCACAGCGCACGUCUGGAUCGCCCAGCUCGGAUUCAGGUGGCGGCGACACGGCAAGUGCGUGUACGUCGACGGCCACAACCGACCGGACGUUGUACAAGCAAGGAGGUUGUACACGGAGAAGAUGUUCGUCAUGCGUCGCUUGAUGUCCAUACCGGAAAAAGUCGAAACCGUGGUGAUGGUGAAGGUCCGCGACGCGCGUGAUCGGGAGAAGACGUCAACGGACGACAGACGAGACGACAACAUCACCGCUGCGGUCGCUUGUGCGGAGCCGGUGCUCUGGCCGGCAGUACGAACGAUGCCCGACGGCGGGGUGGACUUCAAGCACGUUCUCGUCUACGGCGACAAGUUCACGGAGGCAACGGGCCACGACCGCUGCUGCACCCGUGUCUCUGUCGACGCGGGCGACCUGGAGAUGACCGGUCGGGGGGGGCACUACACCCUGGUGCCUGAUCGUGAAGUGCAGGAGUGCUACAAGGCGGAGAGGGUCAAGGAAGAGGCGCUCUUCUGGCCGGCGAAGCGUGUGGUGGCUGGCAAGGAGGAGUACAAGCACGUUCGCGUCCGCGACGGAGAGCAAUUGCGCGGGAGGAACUGCAAGCGUGUGGGAGAGUUCAACUGGAUCUCUGCCGACUGCGACUGCCACGACUGCAAGCGAACCCCAUUCGUCGACUCCUCGCGGGUGCCGUUCAACCGGCGCGACUUGUCCGCAAGUGACGGGCAAGGAGACUUCUGCCUACUCCCUGAUCACGAGGUGUUGGCCCUUUACUUCCACGACGAAACGACGGCGAAGGAGAACGACGAUGGCGGCUGCCAGUGGAUGGAUGGUCAAAAAGGAGCCGCCAUCAAGAAGAAGGGGGAAGGGCGGGCCGUGCACGUGUCUGACAUCAUCGGCGUGGACAGAGGCGUUGCGGUGAUCGGGAAGGAGGCCUGGGGCAUGAUGCAGGAAGACAAGAGCGUCGGGUACGCUCCGGCGGUUGAAGUCAUCGCGCAAGGGCCCGCUACCGGGGACGGGGACGUGCCUGAGUGUUUCGUAGUCCGUCAACGCUACGAGCGAUCUGGGAUCUACUUCGGCAGGAAGGAGGGCGACGGGGAGGAUGGCCACGCCGUCAAGUUCGGGAACCUUGUUCACGCCACAUUUCGCGAGGGCGAUACGGUUCUUUUCGACACGCACGUCUACGCCGCAAAGACGCCCGAGCAGCUGGAGGAGGAAGAGAGGGAGGCGGCGAAAAAGGAUCCAAAAUACAAGAGGCCCAAGUUCGGCAGCAGCCUUGGAGACUUCAAAGCGGGCGAAAAAGUACGGACUACCGGCCGUACCUCAGGCCUGAUCGGCCAGGCGAAAGGCGGACAGCAGCUGCUCAUGGAGAUGGGCUUGUGGGACGUUCCUGGCCAGGCUCCCAUUCGGGUUCUCGAGUGCAAAGCGUGCAAAGAGGAAAGGAAGGCAAUAAAGGCAGCAAUAACCGCGUUCAACCGCGUCGGAGAGGCACGGCAGCAGGCGUUGGAUGAUGCGGCGCGCGAAGACCAGGACGGUGGAGGAGACGGUGCCUCGCCAGAGGAGGGGACAGAAGGCGGGGCGGCUGGCAACCGUGUCGGCAUGAGGCGUCACUGCUGCAUUAGGAAAGCUUUUGCAGAGCUCAAGGCGUUCAAGGUGAAGCUCAACAAGGUCGAAAAGAUGUUCAAGAAAGCGGGGCACAUCUGCAUAUUCUUGGCGAAGUAUCACCCAGAGCUCAACGCCAUCGAGCGGUACUGGGGAUACGUCAAGCACCUCCUUCGCCUCUCCUGCGAGUACUCUCUCCCGCAUAUGCUUGAGAUUCUGCCAGGCGCCUUGAGUGGCGUCCCGCUGGGGUUUGUUCGCGGGUGGAGCAGGGUGACGUGGCUGUAUCUCGAGGCCUACGACGAGGGAUUGGUGGACUACCUCGAGGUCCGCGACCUCAAGAAGUGGUUGAGCCACCGUUCCCCCACGGAGAGGGGUGACUCCGUGGUUCUGGCGAGGGCAGGGGCAGGGAAGACGGAGGAGGAGAAGAAGAAAGCAGAGGAGAAGGCGCUAGCAGCCGCGCAGGAGCUGCGUACUGAGUCGAUUAAGAGGGCGAAAAAGAAUUUCAAAUCGUUCAAGCAGAAAAGGGCGCUGCUCUCGCUGUGCGAAAAGCGCGAGCUGCGCCCGCGGUCGCGGUCGCCUUUAACUUUGAAGGAAGCGUUUAGGGUGACGUGGCUGUAUCUCGAGGUCUACGACGAGGGAUUGGUGGACUACCUCGAGGUCCGCGACCUCAAGAAGUGGUUGAGCCACCGUUCCCCCACGGAGAGGGGUGACUCCGUGGUUCUGGCGAGGGCAGGGGCAGGGAAGACGGAGGAGGAGAAGAAGAAAGCAGAGGAGAAGGCGCUAGCAGCCGCGCAGGAGCUGCGUACUGAGUCGAUUAAGAGGGCGAAAAAGAAUUUCAAAUCGUUCAAGCAGAAAAGGGCGCUGCUCUCGCUGUGCGAAAAGCGCGAGCUGCGCCCGCGGUCGCGGUCGCCUUUAACUUUGAAGGAAGCGUUUAGGUUGUUGGUGAGAUUCCUAGGAAAAUAAGCUGUCCGAAACGCGCAAGCGUGGACGGAGGUGUGUGUCGUGGUGUUUGUGUUUUUGUAUUUGUGGUGUUCACUUUAAUUAUAAUCAUUUUUGUGUGUUUGUGUCGU